UUUUCAUUGAGUCAGUCACUGCUGCCAAAAUUACAAACUCGUUAGACGUUUUCCACCAACUUUCUUCACAUUCGGGCCUUGGACCACUAAUUUUCCUGGAGUUACUACUCUACUGACCCUGUUUCGUCGUUGCUUUUGUACCAGAGGACAACAGAAUGAGUAAAAACAGCAAAGUCUUAAACCUGAAGGAUAAAAUAAACGGGAAUGAAGUGGACCUCAGCCUGUGUAAUCUUACCGAGGUUCCAGUCAGAGAACUGGCUGCAGUCACCAAAGCGACCGUCCUGGAUUUAUCCUGCAACAACAUCAUCUCGCUUCCUCCAGAGUUCUGUAACCUGACCCAUUUGGUUAAACUGGACCUGAAUAAAAACCAGCUAACCAGCCUGCCAGAUAACCUGGGGAACCUGGUCAACCUUCAGCACCUGGAUUUGUUCGGCAACAAACUGACGGUCCUGCCUGUCAGUUUCUCUCAGCUCAGGAGUCUGAAGUGGUUGGAUCUAAAGGAUAACCCACUAGAGGCCAAUUUGGCGAAAGCAGCAGGAGACUGUUUGGAUGAGAAGCAAUGCAAACAGUGUGCCUCCAAAGUUCUGCAGCAUAUGAGAGCUAUACAAGAAGAAGUUGAUCGUGCGAGAGAGAAGCGCCUCUUGAGGGAAAAAGAGCUGGAGAGAAAAAAGGAAGCAAAGCAGAGGGAGAGGGAAGCCAGAGAGAAGGAGGCUCGUAAACGGGAGAAGGCGGAGGAGAAGGAGAAGAGGAGGAAAGAAUACAAUGCUCAGAUGGCAGCCUUAGCAGCACAAGAGCAACAGAAGAAGAAGAACGAAGAGAAGAAGAAAAAGAAUGGACAGGCAGCAGGUAAAGUGAAUAAAAAGGCUGUGGUGGAAUCGCCGCCGAAACCCAAACGAUCGCUCCUUGGCCUGAUGCUGAAGCUUCUCCUCCUCCUGCUGCUGGGAUUGGUGGGAGUCGCAGCCACAUGUCGCUUCACUGACCUGCAGAAAGAAGCCAUGUGCGUGCCAGUCAACACGGCGGUGAAUGACGGCAUUUCCUGGGCCAAACAGCAGGAGGUUGUAGUCCGACAACUGGUCCAGAACCUGUCGUCUGCAGCCAAGGAGUUUCUUGACUCAACACAAACAUCUAAGAACUAAAUGUCCUUUCAUAUCCACAACUGCAGGUUUUCCACGCUUACCUGUGUAUCCUGGGAAUUCUUCUUAUUUUUAUAAUGUGCUAAAAUCAUAUGUGUCAUUGGGAUGGGCAUUCCUGCUUCCCCACACCCUGUUCUGUGGUGCUGGGAGGUGAAGUUUGUACAGAUGGACGAGGAGGGAUAGAUAUAGAUCAAAAAUCAUCUUAAAUUCCUAUGGAAUUGUUGCUCUUGUGCCCUCUGGAGUCUGUUUUUAAGAAAAAUCAUCUUAAUGUCACCCUGUUUAUCAUGUUGUGCACUUGGACAAGCACUGAGGCCAGUGUGUGUCACAGUGCAUCACAUGGAGCGUGGGUUGUUCAGGUGGCCCUGUCUGUGCUGCACUGGAGUGUAAAAUCGUGCUAAAUGACAGAGUUGUGCAUCAGCCGGUGUUAAUGCAGCAGUCUGAGCAUGUGCUAUGAGUCUGAUUAUACACUGAACUUGUCUCUGGCUUUUAUAGUCUUCAAUCACAUCGCAAUAGAGCCCAGCCAAUCAGCAUUUUACUACAGAAAGAUGGCUGACAAAAAUGCCAAAGAUUUGUCUCAAGUUGGUUUAGGUUUUUUAAAGUGGAGUUUCAUGUAUUAGCUGCAGCAGAUGGUGGUCAGUAAUGAGCAGCUGUGGACUGGGGCAGUGGCAAACGUAUGUCAGCCAAUAAAAAAUAAAUAACACCAGUCUUACAGUACCGUGUUAACAAUAUUUCCAUCACUUUAUGUUGUGUCAAACAGCUUUUUCCUGAAGACUCCUGUUACAAAAAUACUAAUUUUCCCUUGCAAGAAUACAGGCACUGCUACAUCCAUCACUUUGUUAGUUUGGAUUUGAACUAAUUUCACAUAUUAACCAGGGCUGUCAAAAUUAACGCAGUAACGCAGAUUAAUCCAUCAUCAUGAUUAAUCUGAUUUAAAAAUUUUAAUGCAAUUAACCCAUCUGCAGUGCAGAAUGACUCUGAAAAUCAGUUUGCCCUACUAAAGUUAUUGUCGUGCAUGAACAAAUGGGCAGUUAAUCCGGUAGUGACAGGCAGUAGAACCAACCCAUAAAGAUGGAAGACACAAAACAGCACGUUGGGCCUCUGUAUGGGAAAUAUGAGGACAAAAAAACCAAGACGGAACAAUCGAUCGACAUUAUUAUACAUACUCUGCAGGAAGGAGUUUUCUUUUCACUGAAGCACUUAAGUCUGUUUGCUCAUGCAAAAUUAAACACAGUUAAUAUAGAUUAAAAAUGAAUAUUUAAUUGUGAUUAACCAAAAUUAAUCCACAGCAACACUGAUUAAUAUGAUUAAAAAUUUUAAUCGUUUGACAGCACUAAUUUUAACAAACACAGACUGAGGUAGUGGUAGAACAACUCUCUUGCUGUAUGAUGUAAAAUUCCUGUUUGUCAAAGGAAUCCUGUCAUUUUAAGGAAUGCCACACAGUGGUCAGACAAGAUGAAAAGGUGAAAAUACACAUUGAUAUUGUCAGUUUUUGGGUGCUUUACAUACUUGAACUGACAUUUUAGGUAGCUUCUUGCUGCUAGUCCUAUUAUCCAUGUCAGCCUCCUGUCUGCUUCAUCGCUAUGUUGACCAUCAUUUACUGCAGAUAAACAAUGACUUUGGUUAAAUAAAUACAACCAUACUUUAAAAAACCUGAACUUUCCCUUUAGUAUAGAUUACAAAGUGUUUUGUCAUUUUAUUGUUUCAAAGUUAAAGAGCCAAAAAACUAUAUUUCCUGUUUUGGGAUGAAAUUUAAAGGACCAUUGUGUAAAUGGAAUAUAAGAUUAAUAACCUAUAACUACAAAUCAUUUUGUUUUUAUUAUUUGUUCCACAUAAUCAGCCAUGGGAUUUCUUACACACUUUGAAAGGAAGAAAUGAGUUGGUUGCAAUGUCACCACUAGAUGACACUAAAUAUCACACACUGGUCCUUAAAGGUACUGUUCUAAAGAUGUAAAACAUGAGGUUGUUAUCACAUUUUGAACAUACUUACCUGUAUUUAUGGACCUCAGAUGUGCUGUUUUGGUGAGACUCUAACAGAAACUGAUAUGGAUUUAUUUAUUCUGCUUUCUCACUGGUCUAACUUGUUCUGGGCUCUGGGACGUCCAUGUUUAAGAAGCUGCUUUAGUGGUCUGCUGCACUGGUUCCUGUACACCUUGGUCCAUGGUCAAACAUCAUCAGCAUCAAUAAAUGGCUAUGCACUGCAA